AUGAAUAACAAAUUUUCCACAUUGAACACUUCAGAAAUUAAUCCAAUAGAAGAAUAUAAUCCGGAUAUUCAAAGGCCUGGCCUUGGUCCAACACUCAAAUCAGGUAUCAUACUCCAAGAUCCACAAACUACCAUUCCAGAAACAUAUAUUAUAUCAGCAAAACGUGACAAAGACUUCACGGGAUAUGCUCCAUUUAGAGAGGGGUCAACCAUCCUAGAAAGAGCAUCUAUAUCAUGA